AGAACUUGCUGAAAUAAUAAAGUUGCCUUUCACGUCACGAGCGGCCGCAGGAGGGCGUGUCAUACUUAUCUCAGUCACUGAUUGGCUGUACAGGGCGAGUUCAUUACACUGAGGGGGGACAGUAAGUAGCACAUCAGUCUCACACACACACGGGCUGAGAUAAACCUCACAGACUCACUGCACCCCCAUGAUCACAAUGAAACACCAAAUCGCCGCUGAGCAGAACCUCCGACCCCAUUCCCCUCCUCUGUCCCUCCCACUCUCGCUCUCUGCUCACGCCCCAGGGACACGUCACCAUAACAUUCCGCUAUAGCCCCGCCCAUAGUAACCGCCGCGCUUCCUUGGCAACAGAAAAGUCCAGUGCGAAGUUUAUCGGAUGAAAUUUGUGUGACUGCGACUGUCGGUACCGAAUCAAACUGACUGGAAGAGACAGCAGCGAAUCCUCUCGGGCACCCAGCAAUGGCUUCCCAGCCUCCAGGUGGCCUCCCCCCAAUCACUGUAGGCAGAGUCAGUACAGGUGCGGCCAGGGCAUCUCCAGUCACUUCAGCUGGACGUGUUCAAGGGAGAACCAGGAAGUGGUCGCAGAGUCUGAGAAGCCGACUUUCCCAGCAACUGUCUGUUACAGGCUGUCCAUGCCCCAGUGAUGUGGCUCUUUUGGCCCAUGAGCUGGUGGCGUUUGUGUCGACUGGUCUACGGGGAUCUUGCCGGGAAUCUUGGUUGGAACUAUUGGAAGUUCUGAAUCAUAUACGUCCUUUCCGAGACCACUUGUCUAGUGAGCGGCCAGUUCUCCUCCCAGUCCUUGACCAGCUGAACCGAGAGUACCAGCAGAACAGACGCAUUCUGAGAGAUCUGGACAUUCCUGGCGCCAUGAAAGCCUCCUUUCCUCUGGAUCAUUCCUCACUAUUCCGACUUCCCAAGGACAGUGACUACAACUACCCAUCUCAAGAGCUAGCUAUCUAUUUGCGUGAAUUACCUCAUUAUGUUGGGGGUGUGGGAGUGGAGCUUGCAGAAUAUGAGUCUGUUUGGCGGAGCAAUCGUGCCCCCAUCACCCUGGCACUCAACACCGACCUACCUCUGAAGCUUGUCCCAGAAUCAAAACUUCCAGCCAGAAGGCGGGUUAAUGAUCCGCUUCCAGAAGUAACGAGUGCGCCAGUCAGUGCGGAGCAGAGACAGAGAGAGAUGAGUGGAGUGGCCGCAGCAGAGCUUCUCGUUGCCUACAGACACUUGGGGAAGAGCAUCUUUCUCUAUCUGAACAGAGCGGAGGCAAAGCAAAGCAGCCCCUAUGACUUGUGGGUGACUUCUCCUACCCGCCUGCACCCCGAGCACUUUGUCUUCUCUCCAUUUGGGAUUCUACAUGUUGACCCUCAAAGUGGGCACGAGGCACAGGAGCUGGGAGCCUGGCACCGGGAAGCUGUUCUGUGCAGAGCCUUGCGGAGCAUCCCUUUCUGCAAAUAUUUCCUGAUCAGGAGGAUUUUCCUCAGGUGGAGGGGAAAUGUAAAAAGAAUGUGGUUCCUCAGGACAAAGAAUAGAUUAAAUGAAAGUCUCAUAUAUACUGUACCCCACUUUGGAACAUCCAUGCUGCAUAUAUCCAGGCUGCUACAAGAACUAUCUCAGGUGCAUUGGUUGCCUCCCAUCCAUUCCCAUUGUUAUUCUUACCCUGAGAUGCAGAGGGCGCUCUCUGAGGCUACGACAGAGGCAAAGAGUCGCUUCUACAACUUCCUCACCCUGGUCACCCAAAUCCUGGGCCUGGUGAGGGAAGACACGUAUCUCAUGAUGGAGACCCUGAGGAGAGAUGAACAGGUGAUGGUCCUUGCUCAGCGCACCAGUAGGACGACCAUGGGAGGGAGUUUGAGGCAGACUGAGUCCUGGAUGAAUAAACUGGCAAAGUUUGCCGCCCUUGUGGGUCACAUGAUCUGUGAGAAUCUACUUUCCUUCAUUGAGAGGGACGUCUGCUCCUUUGGGUCUGAUGCCAUCCAGUGUGGAAACCAUAGCACUUUUCUACGUGCCAGUGUUGCAUUUAGUGAAUGUGAGCUGGUUCUCUGCCCCUCAUCCUCAGAGCUGACACUUCUCUUCCCGCAAGCCCUGGAUUCUAUCCUGGAGGCAGUAAAUAAGGUUACAGACAUUUCUGUACAAGGACUGGAUACAUAUGUAUAUGGAAAUGAAGGGGAAGAGAAGCACAAGGGGUUUGCCCUUCUCCAGAGUGAGGAAGAGUUGCGGAUGGUUGUGCCGAAGCCUGUGCCCCCCUAUGUCAAAGGCAGAGAUGCUUCCACUGGCAGCACCCUGGGAAUUGAGGGGCACCGCCACAAGGCUCAAUAUUUACCUCUGAGAUUGCACCCCCUGGUGGAGAUGCUGAGCACUGAUUGGAGGAUUCAGCAGGCCAAGAACAAGCUGCAGAGUAUGAUCCAGGACUCUGUAUGUGAGGUUCAGAAAGAGAUGGCAGCGCUCUCGUGGUUGUGCCAGAUCUAUAGUUAUGUGCAACGCUGGUCUCGUGAAGUUCUGCGAGAUCUCUGGGGCUCCUCGGCCGGACAGUAUGAAGACUUGAUCCUACAGCUGCAGAGCUGGGCCAAGAAGGUACAGGGGAUACAUGAGAGUAUAACAGCCCCUGGUCUGGCCGUGUCCUGUUCUCACAUACUCAAAGAGACAGGUACAGCAUUGAUGAUGAUUAUCCAAGAUAUCUGUGACUUCUUGUCCUCCGAGAUUUCCCAGAGAUCCCAUCAACUAUUACAGGAACUGACUGAUGCUCUGGGUUCUCUACAGCGAAUCAGCACCGAUGUUUCAUCCUUCUCCCAGUGUGUGGGCAAGGUAAAUGAAUACACUUGGAAAAGUCAGGCUUUUCAGUCACGUGUGGAAUAUGUGCUUUCUCUGAAUGAUGUGCUGCGAAUGAAUAACCGUCAGGCUACAGCCGAGGACCAAAGUCUGCAAACCCAGCUGAUGGACAGGUGGGACAUGUUCCUGCAGAAGUUGAAGGAAACAUCUGAUAUCCUGAGCAGCCAGAAGUCUUCUAUGGGAUCCAGGCUCCAGGAGUCCUUUCAGAGCUGCUACAGAGAAGCUGAGGGUCUGAUCAGCGCAGCCUCUGCUUCUGUUUAUUCGGACCCCUCCCAGAAUGCACAAGAGAUGUUGAAGGAACUGGGCCAGUUGCGCCAGAGACUCCAAAAGCUGGUGGCACAGCUCCAGGACUUGAGCCAUUCCAGAGAUGUUCUACACGGAAAGACGUUUGACAUAUCGGCUAUUGUGAGGGGGCAGAAGCGGUUGGAGGCACGGGAGGCAGUUUGGAGAUUAUGGAGCACAAGCUCUGAGCACAUCAUGGCCUUUAAACAAAAGCUGCUGAUAAAGGUGGAUGCAGAGAAUGUGAAGGAAAAGCUUCAGGGCUGGGACAAAAGUCUUCAAGACUUGGGGUUACUCUUCUCUGAGGAAGAUCCCCUAAUACGGAGAUUGAAACUUUUCAUUCAUGAAUUUGCUCAACUGCUGCCAUUGCUUCUGAAUCUGAGUGGCCCAGCAAUGAAGAGCAAGCACUGGGACACCAUCUUUACUGUGAUGGGAUCAAACCUUCCUACACCAGAGAAGCUGACAGUCAGUGAUUUACUGACCUACCCCUUCCUUCUGCAUCAGGAGCACAUCCAGAAGGUCAGUCUAACAGCCCAGAAAGAGAUCAGCUCAUCACAGACCUUCCGAAGGGUGCAACAUUUUUGGGAACAAAGAGAAUUCCGACUCAGUAAGUUCUUUCUCUGUGUCCGAACCCGAGAUCCCUCCCCAGAUCCUUCUCAGAGGCCCCCCAGUGGGAAAUUUCCGGAGACUGAGGAAGGAUUAACAACCAAGGACAGUGGCACAUUCUUACUCAAGGACGUGGGGUCACUAUACAAUGAAUUGGAGGGCAGCCUUCUCUCCCUUCACAUGGUUAAUGUCUCGUAUCUCUCAUCGGAAAUGAAGAAGGAGGUUUCUGAUUGGAUGCAGAAGCUGCAGAGACUGGGCCAUUCCCUUGACCUGUGGAUGAGCUUCCAGGAGAAUUUUGUCUUUCUAACACGGAUCCAGCAGGAACUUCUUCUCCCUCUGCCCAGUCAUGAAGCUAUGGUGGAGUUUCAGUCAAUUGACCAGACUUACCGAAUUUUGCUCAGUGCAACUGUACAAGAUCCACGGGUUUUAUCUAUCCUGAGUGGCCCAUCUAGGAGCCAUGAAUGGGAGUUCCAUGGUGAGGCUCUGUGUGAAGCCCUUCACAGGGGAAUCAAUGUCAUGGGGAAGAUUGUAGAAGGCCUAGAGGGAGUUCUGGACUCAUUUCGCACCAUCUGCCCACGCCUCUUCUUUUUGAGUGACCAGGACCUGCUUAGAGUUUUGUCUGCAUCUACUGAGCCUGAGGAGCGUACACCCUGUGCCCUACUUUGCUUUCCCAAGCUCACUAAUGUGCUGUUUCAGGAACAGUCUCCAAAAACCACCGACUUCCCUCUAUACAGCACUAGGGCAGUUACAGUUGGGGUAGUUGGCAACUGUCAUGAGACAUUAAGUCUUAACUCUCCUAUUAAAGGAAAUUUGGAGGUCACCAUAUGGCUGUCACAAUUGGAGAGAGAAUUGAAGGAGGCUGUGCUUUACCAAGCAGAGAAAAGUCUUUGUUAUCAGAGAGCUAGGGGGGACAACGCUAUAACCUUUACUGGGUGUCCCCAGACAUGGGCAGCAAAAGUGACCACUUUCCCAUGGCAGUGCCUGGCAUUGAGUGAAGAAAUACUCUGGUGUGAGACCAUAGAGACCUUUCUUUUUACUCAACACAAAGCUUCACUGAAAGACAAAGCACAGCAGAAGGUAACCACCCUGGUGCACAUCUUGCAUGAGCUGCACACAGUAGGAGGAGUCUCCGAGGACAGAAUCUAUCUGGCGCAAGCAGUGUUAUCAGCCUGGAUUACGCUUGCAUGCCUACAGAGGGAUCGAACCUGCACUUUAUUAGAUGAGGGGGUUCAGUCAUGUGAUUCCUUUGCAUGGGUCAAAAUGUUCAAAUACCGAACUCAAGCAGAACCAGUCCAGACCCUAGAGAAACACCGGAGAACACAGACAACAAGUGGAAGGGAUAGUCCUGAGAAAAUCGAAAAAGCUGAAGGUUUUCCAAGCCAGAACUCUACAGAUGGAUGUGGGGUUCCCACUUCAAGGGGUGUAGGGUCACUUGACAUUCAGAUGAUCCCCAACAUCUAUGCUGAUGUGUUGCAUUACCAGCUGCCAUAUCAUUAUGAAUAUGUUGGCUUAGACACUAGCAUUGUAGAAUGCCUACCUUCUGAUAGGGUCACCUUGGGUUUGAUUCUCGCUCUGAAACAGUACCAGUGUGGGGCUGUGAUUGGUCAGGAUAAUGACAGUAGAACUCAAACUUUAGUGUCCCUGGGUGGUGCCCUGGGGUACCAGGUAGUGGUUUUGAAGUGCUGGGCUGAAACAAAAUUGGGAAGGGUGAGUCAGCACCUUCGUGGAGCAUUACAAGGAGGAGCAUGGCUGGUGCUGGAAAGUGUUCACCAACUUAACGUCAAUGCUCAGUCCUCAUUGGGGCAUCUUCUGUGGGAGAUACAGUCUUCUUGUGAAGCUUUGUUGCAGAAGGACCAGACUAGAGACAGUGUAAAGUCAGUAUCAAGGCCUAAAUGUGGAUACUAUCAGUCUCAGGAAAUAGGCAUAAUCCAGCUUGAAGGCCAUAAAGUUGUAGUUAGAGAGAAUUAUGCCUGCUUCAUGACCCUUCCAUACUCUUCCAGCAUGCUUACUUCAAAUCUGAGUCUUCUUCUGAGGCCAGUGUCCUUAUUAACUCCUGAUUUGCGCUCAACUGCCGAAAUCAUGCUGAUGGCAGCUGGCUUCCUAGAGCCCUCACACUUAGCCUCCAAAGUCUCUUGCUUCUUCAGGCUUGCACGGGAGGCUGGGGCUGUAACAGGAAACACCUGCAUUUCCUUCAUGAGAAGUGUGCUGAGAAGGGCAGAAUUUCUUCUGAAAAUGAGAAAUAUUUCUAGCUAUACAGAAGGCCAAGAGGGGCAGAGAAGAAAUUACCCAGAACCUGCUGACAACAAAACAACCCAGUCUUUAGAUACCCACAAAAACUUCAAGCCUGACAUGAAUCUGGAGCAGGAAAAGUUAUUGCUAAGAGCUCUCUCUUCCUCUUCUCUGCUUUUUGAACACCCAUUAGACAAACAUAAUCAUCUCAUGGACAUUCUCAAAGGAAUCUUCCCAAUGUGCAACUCACCUCUACUCUGCCCCGAGCCUUGUGCCAGCCUUCAGAAUGCCAUUAAUCAGGAGAUGAGUGAAUUGGGACUUACAGUUCACUCAGAGUUCUGCUGCAAAGUAAUUCAGCUCUUCCAUGCUAUUCAACAAAGUCCAGGGGUUCUACUAACAGGCCCCUCUGGCAAUGGUAAAACCUCAUGUUGGAGAGUCCUGGCCCGAGUUAUAAACAGGUUGACAGUUAGUGCUGAUAUGCAGAGGGUCCCCAGUGAAUAUACACAUAAACCUGUACAAACCACCCAUCUAUUCCCCAGCAGUUUCACAGCCCAGGAACUAUUUGAGGUUCUAGAGCAGGCAAAAUGGAAAGAAGGCAUCCUCCCCCCUAUUCUACAGAGAACAGCACAGGGAUUCAGGGCAUCCAAAUGGCUUGUCCUUGAUGGAUCUGUUGCCCCGGAAUGGUUGGAGCCAGUUUCUUGCCUCUUUGGUCACUGCCCUGUCCUGACGCUGGCAAGUGGUAGGCAUCUUCGCCUGCAAGACUCCACUAAAGUUCUAUUUGAGAUGACAGAUGCAUCAGCUAUUACUCCAGCUGUUUUGGCUUCUUGUUGCAUGGUGUAUGUUGGAGGAACUGACACCUGGAUGGCAGUGCUGGCAUCAUUCAUGUCCACCUUGUAUGUUAAAUACCAAAUCCAGCAAAGCACAGCCCAUCAGCUCCAGGGUUUAAGUGAGAGUCUCACUGCCCAACUUCUGUGCUUCCUGGGGAAGCAUGGUACCCCGGCUUUGUACCCUCAUAGUACCCAGUCUGUGCAUACAGCACAAGGAGUACAAGAGGUCUCUUCUUUCUGUGCCAUCCUACAAUCCCUAAUGGACCAGCACCUACUGAGGAACUAUGGACCACAAGCAUCUGAGACUGUGACUGACAUGGCAGAGCUGCAGAACAGAGGACAUCAGGGAGCUGCUAUGCAGAAAACUCAUGACAGCUCCAACGCCUGUUCAGAACAACCAGACAACUUACCUAUAGACCAAGUCAAUCCCUCACACCACAACCGGAUGGUACACACCUACUUCGUCUAUUCCAUCAUCUGGGGCUUUGGUGGUCACCUUCACCCAGCACAACGCAUGAAGUUUGAUGUAUUUCUCCGUGGGAAGCUUCAGGACCUCUUCUUAAACAUCGAUAUUCCCUCAGACACUUCUCUGUUUGAUGUAUUACCCAGCCCAGAUGGGGGAAGCUUUAGAUCCAGCCAUGAAAUGUGCCCUAGGGGGGUAGACCUUGGUGGAUUUGUUGUCCUUCCACAGUUGGAGAGUCCUCGUUUUGUUGUGCGGUCUCUCCUGAGCUCCGGCCAGUCAGUCCUGUUGGUUGGAGAUCCAGGUUCUGGAAAGACAAGCUUUGCCCAGUCUGUGAUUCCAAGUGAAGUAACCUCCAUACGGAUUCCAGUUAACCCCAUGUUGCACCCUGGUUGGCUUCGUAAACUUCUUAUUGGACACCAGGAAGCUCCUCCCAAUUUGUCACCACCUGGAGCCAAAACUAGAUUAAACCAUUUAUUCUUCUUGGAUGAUCUGCAUGAAGCUUCAUGGGACCAUGUCGGCCAGACUCCAGCUGCUCUAGAAGCCCUGAGGGAUAUUGUAACCAGCCGGGCUAAUGAGCGUAGAGAUGGCACUGGCCCUUGGCAAAGCUUUGUGGGCACAGUAACUUCUCCAGAGCAUGGAACUGACUGCCUGAACCCCAGACUCAGCCGACUCUUCAGCAUAAUUGCUCUGCCCCAUUGCACCCCAGACUCCCUCCAAAGCAUUCUGACUCCACACUUGUCAAACUGGCUGAGGGUGGCACUGCCCCUGGCACAGCUCAGAGAUCUCAGCUCACGAUUGGCACGUGCCACAGUGACUCUGUACCAUGAAGUAAGACUGGUGCUCCCAGUAGGGUGUCACUUCUCAUUGCACCACAUGCACAGGCUGCAGCAGAGUAUGAUCUUGCUGUGCCCACCCUUCGCUGCACAACUUGCACUGCCCAAGGGCACCCUUCCAAAAGACACCCUCUGCCCCCAGGCCAUAGCUCGUCUGUGGGUACACGAGUCUUUACGCACCUUUUGUGAUGGGCUAAGUAGUGAGCAGGACAAAGAGUCCUUCAGAAAACUGCUCAUCAACUGCUCCCUGAGAGCCUUCUGCUCAGCUCCAAGUUCCUCUGAGAGGAACCAGACAUCAAGUGCCAAACACCCUCCCCAAAUAUCAUCUGGAAACACUAAGCUGGGGGGCCCACAGACUAGAAGCCCAGAGACACAUGGUGGAAAUAAUUCCUCUGUGAUUGUAAGUGGCACGCAAUGUUCCAAAGGGCAACCUCCAGUGGGGCAUGGAGAAAGUGUGCCACUUACUGGUGACCCAGGCAUAGAAGGUGGGACCAAUUCUUCUGCAAGUACAAGUGGAGCAGACAGUCUCCAGGGGCAGCCUUCAGUGGGGCAUGGAGAAAGUGUGCCACAGACUGGUGACCCAGAGAUAGAAGGUGGGACCAGUUCUUAUGUAAGUACAAGUGGAGCAGACAGUCUCCAGGGGCAGCCUUCAGUGGGGCAUGGAGAAAGUGUGCCACAGACUGGUGACCCAGAGAUAGAAGGUGGGACCAGUUCUUAUGUAAGUACAAGUGGAGCACAUAGUCUUCAGGGGCAGCCUCCAGUGGGGCAUGGAGAAAAUUUGCCACAAACUAGUGGCCCAGGCAUAGAAGGUGGGACCAGCUCUGUGAGUACAAGUGGAGCACACAGUAUCCAAGGGGAGCCUCCAGAGUUGAGAGAACCCCAAACUGCAGCCACAGACAGUGAUCCCAAAGCGAAAGCCUCUCUAGCUCUGCAAGAGAAUGUAGUAGGUGACCCAAAUGACUCUUUACCCUCCAGCACCCUGUCAUGUGACAACUCAUACCCCUGUACUCCAUGUUCCACCAGAUCCAUGUCAUCCACUGACCACUACCCAAUUCCCCACUUCAUUCUGACAGUUGAAGAUCUUGAGAGCCUUGUGUUUUGCCAUGACCUGAGCCCCGGCUCCAAUGAGAAGGGAGAAUUCUUGGGAUACGGAGAGAGGGCAGCAAGGUUCCCCGAGUCUGAGAACAGCCUUAAGCUGGUACUUUCUCCCAGUGACCUAGUACACAUUGCCCACUUAACCCGGCUACUCCACCUCCCCCAGGGGCAUGUGGUUUUGCUUUCUCAGAGUCCCGGCACUGGCAGGAGAAGCCUUGCCACCCUAGCAGCGACAGUAAGCAAGUGCCAGCUGGUAGAGUUGUGUGACAGUCAGAGCCAAGAGGAGCGCCAUGUCCUGCUCAAGGGGGCCAGCUGGAGAGCGGGUGUCCUGGGCAGUUCUGUGGCUCUGCUGGUGCAAGAGGAGGUCUCCCAGAAUUCACUGAUUGAAGUGUCAGCUCUGCUACGUGAAGGGACAUUGGUGGGACUGUACAGUGCAGAGCAAGAGGAGAAGGCACUGCAGGCUCUGCAACAAAGAGAGAAAGUGCACAACAAGGUGUAUAGACGCCACGUGCUGAAAGACAGGUUCUAUCAGCGAGUGCGCUCUAAUGUUCAUGUGAUGAUCCUGAGGAACCUUCAGCACCCCCUUCCCAGCUCACUCCAUCAGCUGAGCACUGCACUAGUCUUCCACCCAUGGGACCUCCAAGCCCUCACUCAUGUCGCUGAGAAGAUACUGGGGCCACACGCACCUCACACUCUGGGUUUGCUGCAGAUUGAAGUGCCUCUCUCCAAGCUGAUGUCUCUCAUUCAUGUGUCGGCCCAGCAGCACUACCACAGACUCUGUCCAACUCUACCUCUCAUCACACCAAAAGCAUUCAUAGAUUUUAUUCACGUAUACCUGAGAUUUGCUGCAGAUCUGAGACAUCGGACUGAAAAGGAAAUAGACAGACUGGAGGCUGCUGUAUCUCGGGCAAAGGAAGUGCAGGAAGAGAGAGAACAAUGUGACGAGGAGCUCAGGGUCCUGGAUGAACAAGUCCAGGCAGUAGAACAGGAGGUGAGGCACUGGAGGCAGCAGCUGAAGGAGGCCCAAGAGUCUCACAAGCUUCUCCAGAAGCAGCAAGAAGAACUUGAGAGAAGUCGCCAACGUUUGGAAUCCAAGUUGCACUCCAUACAGAACCAAUGGCAACAAGAGCUAAAAGAGGCUCAUCUGAAAUGGGGUGCAGCACAGAGACAACUGCAACUGUCAGAGCUGGAGGAAAUACGAAGUUACAGACAUCCACCACCCCUGGUUGUCAUGGUAACAGAUGUCCUAUGCCUUGUACUGGGGAAGGAACAGACCUGGGAUGGUGCAAAGCAGUUGUUGGCCUCAGAGAAUUUCUACCAGGAGCUGCAGUUCUAUAGUGUGCUCACUAUGGCUGACUCUGCAUUCUCUGCACUCACCCGCUCAGUUGCUCAGCCCAACUUUAGGCCAGAGAUUGUGAGACUGGCAAGUUCAGCAGCAGCCUCGUUGUGUGGGUGGCUCUGCUCUCUGCAACAUCAUGGCACAGUCCUGAGAAACCUACAUUCCAACAAGGCUGCUCUAACCCAACUGGAGACUCAGGCCUGGGCAAUGGCAGAACAUAUGGCACAAAUCCGGUUACAGCAACAGAAGCAACAGGAGUUGGAGGCACAGGCCUCUCAUGCUUUGCUGGAGGUUAGAGGCCGGGAGAAGGAUCUCAAGGAACAGAUCAUUGAAUCCCAGGAAAGGCUGAAGGCUGCAAAGGAAUGUGAGAGCAGAGCUGCCCGUCACUUCUUCAGCUGGACUCAAGCACUGGAGGUACAAAACAGACGUGCCUUCAUGCUCCCAGUUGAUGCCCUGCUGGUUGCUGCCUCUGUUACUUACCUUGGUGCCCUACCCUGGCCCCGCUCUUGUGCUCUGUGGAGUAAGUGGCAGCGACUUUGCCAGGGUCUUGCUGUAUCUCUGGAGCCGGAUGAUGUGGGUGAAGCUCUGGACGGUGCUGGUUCUGCCCAGGACUGCUCACGUCUGCCCCUUGUAGACAUGCUGAGCUCAGGUGCAGAGAUUUUGGAAUGGACCAGACACGGGCUCCUGGGGGACCUGCAGUCUCAGACUCGGGCAGUUCUUCUUCGGGCAAGUGCCCAAUAUGCAGCCCACAGGCUUACGCUCAUAUUAGACCCAGAUCACCUGGGAGAGAACUGGCUGAGAGUUCUGUUGCACAAUCCAGCACAUCAGAAACGGGGGGCAUUGCUGCACAGAGAACUGUGUGUGAUGGAUGUAUGUUCAGCAGAGCUGGGAGACAACAUACAAGCAGCAAUACACAAAGGUUGGUGGGUGCUUGUUACUCAUGUGGAGAGAAACGUGUCAGCAGUAGAUGUAAUAAGGAAGCUGAGUGCCAGUGCAAAAGCAGCUGGAGGUUUUGGGGUCUGUGACCCUCUGGAGCAGGAGGGAAGGAGCUGCAGUAUCUCAGCCCGGCAGGACUUCCAGUUGUAUCUCAGCACCUGCCUCCCACUCGCUGCCCUCGGAGAAGAACUAGGUUCUGCUGUCCUGAAGGUGGUGAAUGUGAUGGACCUAAGUCUGGGUCCCUCAGGACUGGGAGAAGAACUGAUGAAGAUGCUCAUGGCGAGUAACAAUGAGCUCCAAGUGGAACAGAAUCGAACUCUGAAUAUCAGAUCCCUGCAGCUGCACCAGGAAAUCCAGCAGGUUCAGGACUCCUUGUUGGAUUUUGCCAUCACUUGUCCGUGUCCUCUUUUUAAGAGUGAAGACUUCCUGAAGAAGGUGUCGGCUUGUGAAGAGUCUGAGCUUUCCUUGUGCCGAUCUCUUAGUGGGCUCCAAUCACUGCUGCUCCAAACCAAUCAGAACCUGGAACCUUGUGCCACUGCUGCCUCUGCCCUUUCGUUUGUGUUCUGUAAGUUACAGGAGGUGUCCCACCUAAGCCCAUACUAUUCCUUCUCUGCUGGGUCUCUGCUCCAUUGGGCUCACCAGGUACUUCAGAGUGAUGAAUGGAGACAAGCCAACAGAGAAGGAAAACCGGGAGAAAAGGUCUUGACCCAAGGAGUUCUCGCCCACAUAGUACCCAGCCUUGCGCCAAAGGACAGACAUAACCUGCGCCUCUUACUAACCAUUGGGCAGCCCUCAGCUCUGGAGUGGGUUUCCUUCUUAGGGCUUCUGAAACACUCAAGCCAAGUAGCCCCAAACUCUUGCACACACAGGCCACAAUGGGUGGGUGUCCAAGCCUGGGAAGAGUUGGGCCUCCUGGAGAAUCUACCCCAGUUCCGAGGUAUCAGGACCUCCCUGGUUGCACAUGGCAGUCAGUGGCAAGAAUAUUUCAGACUGGGCAGUACUGUUAUUGGACCAGUGCCCACCUCGCAUUUUGACCACCUGACUCUGUUUCAGAAAGCCAUCCUGUGGCGCAUUGUUCAGCCUGGGAAGUUGGGCCUGGUGCUGAAUCAAAUGACUUUAUGUGUACUGGGUCCACAAUCCCAUGAGGAAUGGGAAGAGCAGGCAGAUCUCACCUGUCUGACAACUCCUGCCAUUCCUAUAGUAUUCCUGCUUCCUAAGCUGGGGCUCCAGGCACCCCACUCUCAUCCUCUGCCUUGGAUCCUCCAACUGGCAAACAAUAAAAGGAAAGAGGUAAAAGUCGUCACUUGGGGACAGAGCUGCUCUAGUGCAGAAGUCGCACGGUCAUUCAUCACUUGCCAGCAAGAAGGCCAUUGGCUUGUUCUCAACAAUUUGCACCUAGAGGAUCCGGAAUUGGACCAUAAACUGAAAUAUUUGAUGGAAGCCAGUAAAGAGCAUUCUACACCCCUGAAUUCUGAUUACCACCUCUGGAUAAUAACUGAGGAGGAUGCACUGAAGUCAAUACCAGCUGACAUUAGAUAUUCGUGCGUCUCUGUACCCUGUGGGCUCCAGUCAGACCUGCGCUCCAUCCUGCGGCGGAACUGUAUGGAAGUGGCAGAGGCCCUUGAGGAGCAGCCAAACAGGGUGAAAGCUCUUCAGCUCCUCAUCUUGCACAGUGUCCUCAUACGUCGGCAGGAAUAUGGCAGCUCCACCCAAGCUCAGUCUUACUCCUGGGGCAGAAAGGAGCUGCAGGAGGUUCUGCAGACACUGAAGAGGAUCCCUCAGGUGUGUGAGGAUUGGGAGGAGGCCCUCCAGUUCCUGACAGGCAGUGUUAUAUACGGAGGAUUUAUUGUGGAUGAAGGAGACGCAUUGAGUGUCGCUGGACUCACCAAAGAGUGUCUGCGAGAUCAGCCAACCCGGCUCCCCACCCUCGGGCCCUCAAAGCUGCUCCAGAUGUUUGUGCAAAGUACAAAGUCAGGUGUCGCAGGUCCAUGGAUAAGUAAUGUUCAGCGCAGCAUACGCAGAGUCUCACCCUCCUCAGAAGCAGCAGCUCUUGGGCUGAGCGAGGGGGUUCAGAGCGACACAUAUGAAGCCUGUGGAUUCCAGGUUCUGUCCAAACUGCUCAUUACACAAGAUGUGUGGAGUCCUGGUACCAGCGAUGUACUGAGAGACUGCACUAGUGACAUCCCAGGAGAUGACAGAGUCCAGCCUCCAGCACUCUCUUUGUCCAGCUUCUCUUCUCUUUGUCCCACCAAAGCUCCUGGGUUUCUGGGCCACUGUCUUUCCCUUGUAACAGAGCUUGAGGCUCAGUGCAUAGAAUGGCAGCGGGUAUUGGAGGUUCAGCGGGAAGUAUAUGAGGGGCAGGAGUUGGCACUGGAGAGCAGGUCUAACGUAUCUCGGGGCACAGUCAUGCAGGGGGAGAAGAGGCCACCAAUGGACACAAUAGUGGAGGGUUCAGUAGAGGGCACAGAAGGGUCAGAGAUAUCUCAAGGUGUAACAAGUGGGGAGAAGAAAAGGUGGGUACAUGGGAAGGUAGGUGGUGGUGGUGGCACAUUUACAGUCACAUCUGGUGAGAAGGAACAAGAGCCCCUGUGUAGAUUUCUCCAGGAUGAAUGGGACCUUCUCAGAGGGUUGAUCACACAAGCUGUGCAGAACAUCAAGGAGGCAAUGUCAUCUUGUCAAUGCCAGGGCUGCGGGCAAGUACGGAGAGAUGUGGCGGAGGGUUUUGUGCCCCAGGGUUGGAAUAGGUAUCAGCCACUUGGCUCUCUUUCUCCAGCGACCUGGGUGAGGGACCUUCAGCUCCGUUUAAAGCUUUUUUCCACUUAUAUGUCCUCCCCAUCACUGCUCAACAUCACCUACAACCUGAGCGCAUUCCAGGCUCCGGCACGGCUCCUUCACUGUCUCCUGCAACAUGGAGCUCGGGCGGACAACAAGGACCUCGACCAAUACGUACUGCACUGUCAGGUGUUGGACAGAAGGUCCCCCAGUGCAGACAAGGUUGGGCUGAGAGUUGGGGGGCUGCAUGUGAGACACGCUCGGUGGGACACAAGCCAGGCUCUGCUACAAGAGACUCUUUCCCCCAAACUCUGUGCCCUCCCCGAGCUGUCAGUCAGUGUUGUGAGUCUUGUUAAGGACAAGAUACCUGUUACCCAGAAUCCUUCACUGCAUCACUACCUGUGCCCCGUAUAUACUGGUGGGACUGAGGAAGGCUCGGCUCAGCUCAGAGAGGCCGCCAUCUUGUUUCUUCCUCUACCCUCUCAUAUUCCCCCGUGUGUGUGGAGCCACCGCCGUGUGCAUGCAGUCAGUCUACUGUGA